UCUGUGCUGCCUAGUUACAGGUAUCACUUCCAGGGUUACUGCAAAGCCGAAGGCGGAGACAGCUCGGAGGUGACUCCAAACAUGGCGGCCUCCUGGUUUGCACUGGGCCGGUCCUGUGCCCGAUCUAUCGCGGGAAAGAGACUACUUGGGUGCUCUCCAGGCUGUUCCUCCCAGCUGUGCGCCUCAGGAUGUGCUGUCAUACACACCGGGAGACAUCAGUGCGCGCUGGCCCCCAGCUCCACGGAGAAGGUCACCCACACGGGGCAGGCAUUUGAUGACGAUGACUACAGGAAAAUACGAUUUGUUGGAAAGCAGAAGGAGGUCAAUGAGCAAUUUGCUAUUAACUUGAUUGCCGAACAACCUGUUAAUGAUUCUGAAAAUAGAAUUGUGUCAUGUGAUGGAGAAGGCGGAGCCUUGGGGCACCCUAAAGUUUAUAUUAACUUGGAUAAAGAAACAAAAAUCGGAACUUGCGGAUACUGUGGACUUCAGUUUAAACAGAAGCAUUAUCAUUAGGCUUUUCAAUAUACAUCACUUGUGUACAAACCUAAACUAUUAAAUCUGUGUAAUAAUUUA